AUGGUGUUAACCCGUGCAUCGCGGGGCUUGCUGCCACGAAUUACUCACCGAUCUUACUCGGCAGCUCCCUCACCCGCCGCAAAGCUCAAUUUACCAAUCGACUACAAAUCUAGUCCCAUCCUUCAUCACACUCCCUCCUCACUAUCCAAUAACCCAGAUUUUCCAGCUGCCGCAACGACAAAACGGUUGAACUUCUUUCAAGCCAUCAACUCGGCUCUACGAACAGCAUUAUCAACGUCGGAUAAGGUUAUGCUCUUUGGUGAAGAUGUUGCCUUCGGCGGUGUCUUCCGGUGCUCUAUGGAUUUACAAACAGAAUUCGGGGCGGAUCGAGUCUUCAACACCCCAUUGACUGAGCAAGGCAUUGCCGGAUUCGCUAUUGGUGCGGCUGCUGAGGGCAUGAAGCCCGUCGCGGAAAUCCAGUUCGCCGACUACGUCUUUCCCGCAUUUGACCAAAUCGUCAACGAGGCAGCCAAAUUUCGAUAUCGAGAAGGUGGCACGGGAAUCAAUGUGGGAGGACUCGUUAUCCGAAUGCCAUGUGGUGCAGUUGGACAUGGUGCACUAUACCAUUCCCAGUCCCCCGAGUCUCUCUUUUCACACAUCCCGGGUGUUCGAGUAGUCAUGCCACGAUCUCCUUCGCAAGCUAAAGGCCUCCUCCUCUCCUCUAUCUUCGAGCAUAAUGACCCCGUUGUCUUCUUGGAGCCAAAGAUUCUCUACCGCGCGGCGGUCGAACAUGUCCCGAACGAAUAUUACACCAUUCCUCUCAGUCAGGCUGAAGUGAUCAAGCCUGGUACAGAUCUUACUAUUAUCUCCUACGGUCAACCAUUAUACCUAUGCUCGGCAGCCAUCUCCGCCAUCGAGAAGAAGAUGAAGGGCGUGAACAUCGAGCUGAUUGACCUCCGUACAAUCUACCCCUGGGAUCGACAGACUGUUCUCGACAGCGUCCGCAAGACUGGAAGAGCUGUCGUGGUGCAUGAGAGCAUGAUCAACUAUGGUGUCGGAGCUGAGGUUGCUGCAACUAUUCAAGACGGAGCUUUCCUUCGAUUGGAAGCCCCAGUCAAGCGGGUCGCCGGCUGGAGUACCCAUACCGGACUCUCAUAUGAACAAUUUAUUCUGCCAGACGUUGCUAGGAUUUAUGACGCUAUCAAGCAAACUCUGGAAUACUGA